CAGGUCUUCGCCAAUCCAACGGCUCAAUUGGACAACCCUGAUUCCGCCGCGGCAAUAGAUGCUGUUAACAGAGUCAUGCAGUUUGUUUCCAGUGCCUUUGGCGGAGCAAGUCUUAUGGACAGUCACAGUGUAAGUCGCGCAAGUCCCAGUCUCCUUCGAAGCCAUCUUUGUGUCCCUGGAGAAGUGUUGUGUGACGACACGGCUGUGUUGGAGACUACUCAAGUCCUGACUGAGCUCAAUUUUACUCUUAGGAAGCCAAACCUGUAUCAAGCGGACACCCUUGGGGAAUAACCAGCAACCCGCUUAAUACAGUUCUCAGUGCCGAGAAAUACAGCUCUAAGUGAAAUAGGCAAUGGCGUCAUUUCGUUGCUAUAUCAACUCCGAUUUCAUUGCAACCCUGAUCAUAACAAAUUUUCAUCUUCAUCUGAUUCAGCCGUGGUGGUAAUUUUUCAAAUCUUUGUCGAUGACGACGUGGUUUUUGCUCAAACUUGGGAGGUAUUGACUCUGAUAAACCCCAUCGAGCCACCUUAAUAGAGGUGGCUGCUUAAUACAGGUUUGACCGUUCAAUCAAUACUAUACUGAACCAAGCAACUGCGAAAAUCAUUAAGUUCACGUUCUUUAGUCAAAUUUUCAUUACAUGAAGUUCUACUUUUUAGAAUUGUGAUGGUUUGUGCUUUGUUUCUUUUAGGGAAUCUUGCAUUACCAGAUAGUUAAUGAAGCUCUGAGCUGGUCG